GUGAAAAAGUAGAACACACCCCAGAGUUUCUCAAAGCAUUUAAUAAAUGCAAGCAAAUUCUCUCUAGCAGUGCUAUCCUUGUACACCCAGAUUUUGAAAAACCCUUCGUACUAACAACAGAUGCAUCUUAUUAUGCGAUAGGAGCUGUUCUGUCCCAAGGCCCAAUUGGUAAAGAUAAGCCUGUGGCUUUUGCAUCGAGAACACUCAGCCAAACCGGAGAAAAAUACUCCACCAUUGAAAAGGAGUUACUAGCCAUUUACUGGUCAACCAAAUACUUCCGACCAUACCUUUUCGGCUACAAAUUCAUCCUGUAUACAGAUCACAAGCCACUCACUUGCGCUGUAAAUUUGAAAGAUCCAUCAAGUAAAAUCGCUAGAUGGAUGAAAGCUUUGUUAGACUACUCAUACGAUAUUAGAUAUCGUGCCGGAAAGCAAAAUGUGGUUGCUGACGGCCUUUCAAGAAUUCAGAACGAAUUAAAUCACAAUGAAGAACAAGACGAUUUUUCAUCAGACGCUGCUACUAAACACUCUGCUGACACUGACGAUUCGGAAUUUAUUCCAUGCACCGAAAAGCCAGUGAACACUUUUUCCAACCAAAUUAUAAUUAAAAUCGAUCAAAAUGAAAGCGAACAUUUACAAAAAUACACUUUGGAGUACCAACAAAGGAGUAAAUUGCAUUUAUUGCCCAGAAAAUCUCAUAAACACCACCCAAAUAGUUUAUAAAAAUUAUUUCUCCCGAGUAAAGACGUUUAAAGUUGUCAUUUCUCAAAAGUUUCUGAUUGAUCUUAGAACAGACGAAGAACAAAACGAAAUUAUUGACUCUACACACACCAGAGCUCACAGAGGAAUAGAAGAAAAUCUUGCACAAAUUAGUGAAAGAUAUUUCUUUCGAAAAAUGAAAUUAAAAAUAAGAAGAUACGCAACCUUGUGCGUAACUUGCAAAAUCGCAAAAUAUAAAAGACACCCAUACAAACUUAAUUUAUCGAAAACACAAAUUCCUCAGAAGCCCCUGGACAUAGUGCAUAUCGACAUCUACAUUUGUAAUCCAAAUAUUUUUCUUUCGGCAGUGGAUAAAUUAUCCAAGUUUGGAAUUUUCAUACCAAUCAAAUCCAGAUCGAUACCCGACAUACGGUCAGGAUUGACUAAGUUAAUUUCAACUUAUGGAGUGCCGAAGCUCAUAGUUAGCGACAAUGAACCAGCCAUUAAAUCAAUCGAAGUUAUAAGUAUGCUAGAAGAGUUAGGCAUCGAAAUAUAUUUCACGCCCUCGAAUACAAGUGAAGUCAAUGGAAUCGUUGAGCGUUUCCACUCCACAAUAAGUGAAAUAUUUCGAUGCAUCAAAGACAAACAUGUAGGUGUAAACAAAAAAGACAUUGGCGGAAAAAAUCGAAAAAAGAAAUAAAAUUUAUGACGAAGCUACACAAAACCUUAAAAGAGAACAGAAAAAAGACCUAGAAUUUCACAAUAAAAAUAAAGAACCUGAUCCGAUCCUUCAACCUAAUGAAACUGUUUACAUAACUAAUCAAGGAGUAAAAAGUUAGGAAAGAGAUAAGUACCGGUAACAUCUAGUGAGGAGAAAUCGGGACAAAACACUAAUCGACGACCAAGGAAGGAAAAUCCAUAAGACCAAGAUAAGGACACAGCGGAAAUAAUAGAUAAUAAUUUACCUUUUUUUAACCAAAAAAAAAAAAAAAACAUAUCUAAGAAAGAAACUCAAAAGUUUUUCUAUUCCAGAUUAGCCCUUGACGCUAUGGCUGAAGUGACGAUCACAGACCUCUCGCGACACGAGGGAAUAAUAGCAUUCAGCGAGAGAGAAGCAAAAAUUAUCACAUCGCAACAUUUCCAUCUCCACAUCGUGGACUUGGAAAAAUUCGAAAGCAGUUUUACGACACUUAAAUACACAAUACACCAAUUUGAACGACACAAUUUCACCGAACCAUAUCGCAAAAUGUUGGACAUCAGGACUAAACAAAUUUCCGACAACUACAACCAAUUAAAACCCAUUCGUAGACAAAAGAGAGGAAUUUUAAACCCUUUAGGAACAUUUAUUAAAUCAAUAACAGGAAAUUUAAAUGAUAACGACUUACAAUUGAUUCGACAGGCUAUCAAGAAUUCUAAAAUCAAGACCAACUCACUUACUGACAAUGACAACCGACAAAUUAGAAUCAACCAACAAUUCGAAACAAAAAUCAACGACCUAAUCCAACAUGAUAACGAGAACCAAAUUGAAGUCUUAAGAAGAAUCUCAAAUAUUGUCAAUAACGCCAACGCGAUGUAUGAAAACCACCUCAAGGGUAUAGUUCAUGAUAUUUUUCUUAAUCUAGAUUUACUAAAUAACCAACUUAGGGACAUUUUUGAAAUUAUACAAUUAUCAAGAAUAGGAAUUCUAUCCAGAGCUAUACUAAAUGAUAACGAAACGGAGUUCAUUUUAGAGAAGUUAGAAAAACAAAAUAUCCCGAUUAAUAACAUCGACCAAAUUUAUGAAUUCCUCAGCAUAGAAACACAUCAUGAAAAUUCAAAAAUGAUAUUCAUUAUCAAAAUCCCUAUCUUCUUAUCAGAACACUUCCAAUACAUCAAAUUUGAAACCCUACCAUUCUUUAAUAGAACUAUAUCAACAUUUUAUAACUUAGCAGUUUUGAGUAAAACGCAAACAUUUGCUGUAAAAAAUGAUUGUACAAUUGUCGAAAAUUAUAGAAUUUGUAAAAGACAGGAGAUUGUAAACAUAACAGGCGACGGUUGUAUAGACAACGCAUUGCAAGGAAUCAACGCAUCCUGCCCCUAUGAAGAACAUCGCAACGAAAUGGACAUCAAACCGAUCGACGACCACACACUGAUCAUAAGAAAUGCUGUUCAACCAGUCCUUUUAGAUUCGGACUGCAACAUAAAAUCCCGACAGAUAGCUGGAACCUUAUUAUUCAGUUACCCAAAUUGCUCAGUUUCAAUCAACGGAAUCGAAUACGACGACAGAAAGACAACUGAUUAUCACAACAUCAAAACAAUUUCAACAAUCGGAGUGAAUUUUCAACCAACGGUAGUUCUCAACAAACCCGAUCUCCAACAAGUAAACCUGUUAAGAAUCGCAAAUCUGGAUCAUAUCACAAAGUUACGAAGAGACCAUACAACACUACAACACACCACGACUGGAUUCCUGAUUCUAUUCGUAGCCAUGACCCUAGGAAUAGCAAUUCGGACCAUGAAGAAACAGCUUGGAUGGUGCAUCACACAACGAGAGACAUCUGCGGAGAAGACCCAGCACCUGCAACUCCAACAAAACACGCAGAAGUUCAUCUUUACAACAACCAAAGACCACAUUUCCAAUUCUAACAUCCCCGUCGGAAUACACCGAAGAAAUCAUCGGACAGAUCAUAGAACACCUCGAUAAGCUCGCUAACACCAUACAACUCAAACCCGAAGAGGACAGCUAGUGAUUCUAGACGAAUCUCCAUUAGGGGGAGAGUAGUUAUCACCCGCAUCCCCGCACACUCCUGAAAAGAUCCAUCUAGUCAUCGUCAUCGAACAACGACUUCCACUUUUGCUUAAGCCAGCUCAUCAGAAGUGCCAUCCGGUCAACCAGCCACGGUGACAUCGACAUCGACAAAAUCCACCAAGUAGAACACCACAUCAUCACCUAUGGUGCACCGAUUAACGGCUGCACCAUCAGCAAGAACAACAUCGAUCGAUCGAUCGAACCAACAGCAUAUCAUCGCAUCAGCAUUUCGGGUGCCCCAGCAAUCAUCCAGACAUAAGCAGUUUGAUAACCGGGCGCCACGUUAGGGACUAAGCUUUGGGCCAAUUAUUGAAUACAAC